AUGUUUUCCCACCCUGCCGUCCUGUUCCUGUGGAUUCAGAGUGUUAGUGGAUGGAUGUAUCCUAAAUGCCACAUUUAUAACAGUGGUGAAUACUUGCCCACCUGGAACUACUGUCCUUUAGCAGAACAGUAUACUGCUGCCUGUCGAGAUGUCACAGCCAUCGAGGAGGAUCUGCUUGGACUUCCCUCUAAUAUCAAUACCCUCUGCAUAUCUAUGAAACAUGGUGAAAAUAGUUCCAUGUCUCUGGGUUUUUUCUCUCGUUUUCAGUAUUUGGAGAACCUGUACAUUGGAGGCUGUUUUCCUCAAAUCCUUCCAACUGGUAAUAGCCAGGUCCUUCCAAAUCUGCGACAUAUAUACUUUAAUGGAAUAGUCACUGGGUGCUGUGAUUGUCAUAUUGGGCCUAACGCAUUCAGAGAUCUAGUCAAGCUAAGUCAGUUGACCAUAUUGCGUUAUAGGCCAUCAGUAAUGGCACCUGAUAGUUUACAAACAUUCUGCAAACAUUCUGCUUUGGACUGAUCUUCGGUUUUGGACUGAUCUUGUUGAUCGUGUACAUACCCGCUACGAACGGACUAAAUAAUGAAAACGCUGCUGGCAGCGGAAUCCCAAUACAGCUGGGAGACUUGGCUGGAUGACAGAGUCCCGGACAGAGAGGUGGAGCCGGCCGGCUUCACCCUGGUCAGAGCGGACCGCGAUCCUGGUAAGAGAGCGACUCUGUACCCCGACAUUGAACUGCUUUCUGUGUCAUUGAACCUUACUAUUGUUGAUAAAACAAGUUUACUGGAGAACGGAGACCAAGUAGAGACUUUUGGACAAGGUGGAUAAUUGUAUAAUAUAAGGCAGUUUAUUCAGAGGUAAAGAUAUCUGGAAUCGCGUGCACGGACCCGUUCGUCAAACUCGUAGGGAGUUUAUCAGAAGAGCCCCUAAACAUUGUGUGCUGACAUUUUAUACAAUAAAAUGAAGUAGGUUGAAUCUAGUAGUUCUGAUCUUCUGAUUGGUCCUGAUGAGUUGGGCGAGGUCACCUCCAGGCUAGUGUCACUGUUGCAUUGGCUCUGAGUCGGGUUCUCUGUCUUCAGAUGUUCAGCCUAAGAGAAGAGGAUUUGUGUGUGUGUGGUGUGUGUUUGUUAUCAGUGUGUGUGUGUGUGUGUGUGUGUGUGUGUGUGUGUGUGUGUGUGUUUGUUAUCAGUGAUGAUGUGUGUGUGUGUGUGUGUUUAUCAGUGAUGAUGUGUGUGUGUGUGUGUGUGUGUGUGUGUGUGUGUGUGGGUGUGUGUGUGUGUGUCCUCAGGGCAAGAACUCGUGAGUUGGAAGAACUGAGAGACCUAUGGCGUGGGUGUUAUCCUUAGCCACCUGCUGACAAGGCUGACAAGAUAGGACUCUUGUUCAUUGUAUUGAAUACAAAGGCCCAACACAAAAUGGGUCAUGCACAAUAUUUUAGUCAGACCAAGCUAUAACAUUAUAUAUUUACUACGACAGUACAUUUUCCAUGGCAUACCUCAAUUACAAAGUGUCUUGGUUCAUGAACCCUGUGUAGAGGAUUUGUCAGAAAUACUAUGCAGAAUAAUGAAUAUAAAGUCACUUACAAAGCUAUUUGUAGAGGCACCAAAUAUACAAUCGUUAAACCAAUCAAACUGCUCCAUCUUAAACGCCAACGAAAGCAUGACACCUGUUUUCAAACAAUCUAACAAGCGCCGGAUUAGAUUUUGGUCAAAUAAACCAUAUAGAGGAAGGUGCACUGGCUUGUUUCCAGAACCUGACAAGUUUUACUGGGGGCCUAAACCAGGAUGUCCUACUGCGUCUUCCCCUGUCUGGCAUUAAGCAAAUCCAGUUCUUGGUUUUAUCUGGUCGCAAUUACAUUGAUUUUGAAAGUGUCUGUAAUGUAGUGUUUUUGCUUUCAAUCAAGGGAAUACGUUUUUCCAAUGCCAAUACAAGCAGCCUCUCCAUGUCCAGUGUUGAAUUGUGCAUUGGGCUGGAAUAUAUGGAGUUUCAUGGACAUGGACUCUUCCAUUCUACUCCCCAUUUGAAAUGGAAUUUUCUUUCCAGUCUCAAAAACCUUAAAAUAUUAUAUGUAUAUGGCCAGACACAAAACAGUCUUGACCUCUGCUCCUUCCGAAAUCAACCAAUCACAUGGUUAACACUACUCUCUUUCAGGUCGAGGAAAAUACAAACGCUUUUUGCAAAACAGUUCAGCUGUCUUGAGAACCUGCAGUCUCUAGAUUUAUCAUGUAGUUUAAUUUCAAACAUUGAAGACUUUGCUUUCCUCGGAUUGGCAAAUCUGGAGUCCUUAGACAUUACACAAAAUAAUAUAACCCAGUUAUAUGCAAACACGUUUAUUGGUUUACAUAGUUUGACAUUGUUAGACCUCAGGGAAAAUCCACAGAUCUACAAUAUUGAAGCAAUGUCUUUCGCACACCUUACAUGUCUAAGACAAGUGUUUCUGGGGUACUUGAACUAUCCACCAAGUGAAGCUGUGAUAAAGCUGAAUCUCACACUUGUAUUCAGUGACAUUCUGAGUCACCUGACUCAUUUGCACAUUAGUUCAGGUAUGAGGCCAAUGCAGUUGAUUAUUGGCAGUAACAUCACAUCUAAACAGAACCUGAGUCUCCAACUCAAUGGCCAGACAGUGUCAUUUGAAGACUGUGACAGACCUUUCUUUAAGUCUGUAACCCAUCUUAAUGUUGACGCUGAAGAAUUCCUUUGUGGAUCUGAAUUCAUGGGAAAGUACUUCAGGUCUGUGGAGACAUUUGUGUACAGGUCAAAGCUUUCAGCUAAAAGUGUUGAUUUAACAUCAAUGAAUCAGCUGAUUCACCUGAGGAAACUGACUCUAAUACAGGUGGACCUUUUAAUACAGCAUUCUGCCGACACCAUUUUCCAUAACCUGACCAAACUGGAGGUUCUGAAACUUUCAAACUGCAGGAUUGACUCUUUAGAGGGGAGUUUAACUAAAGACUUUAAAUCCUUGAAAACAUUAUAUUUGCGUAUCGAGAACAUUUAUCAUGUAAUCUACAGCUUUACCGAACCUCUCUUUAGCCUAAAGUAUUUGAUACUUGAUAUGUUACAGAUUUUUUGCAGUUGUGACAGUGCUUGGCUCAUUGCAUGGGCAAAGGGGUACAGGUCGGUUGAAGUGAUCAUGCUUAAUCAUGAACAUAUAUAUACUUUAGAGGACUUGAUAUGCUUGUCGGACAAUGGACUAGACACACCUAACUUUGUCAAGUACACAGAAGCCAACUGCACAACAGAGGUGGGCUUUGUGCUCUUUGCUGCGACUGGCCUGGGAGUCCUGUUCUUCAUGCUGGUGGUGUUGGUCCAUAACCUGGCCGGUCCUUACCUCCUCCCCCUCUACCACAUCACCCUUGGCUGGCUGUCGGAGGCGAUGCGAUCAAACACCAGGGGGCGCUACCACUAUGAUGCGUUUGUCUCCUACAGCGGAAAGGACGAGCGCUGGGUGGUGGAGGAGCUACUACCCAACCUGGAGCAGAGGGGUCCCCCUUUCCUGCGCCUCUGUCUGCACAGCAGGGACUUCCAGCUGGGGAAGGACAUUGUGGAGAACAUCACAGACAGCCUCUACCGGAGCCGGCAAACCCUCUGCCUGGUCAGCCGCCACUACCUGCACAGUAACUGGUGUUCCUUGGAGAUGAAGCUGGCCACCUCCAGGCUGCAGGUGGAGCAAAGGGACAUCCUCCUCCUGGUCUUCCUGGAGAAGAUCCCCCCUCGCCGGCUGUCUGCCCACCACAGGCUGGCUCGCCUGGUCAAGACCAGGACCUAUUUGGACUGGCCCCAGGACCCCCAUCAGCACCAGGCAUUCUGGGACAGACUGUGGGCUAAACUGAUCCCUCCUACUGAAGCUUGA